AUGUUGGCAGACACACGUGCAAAUGAUUUGUCAGGGCCGCCUCUUUGUCUGGUGGCAAUAAAUGGAUAUGGCUUAGGUCUCGGCGAUAAGGCUCACAAUGGCCGAGACAACGAGCUGGUUCCCAUCGACGGGGGAACCGUGCCAGCGUCUAAUCCCAAACGCCCAACACCGGACAGCUGGGGAGCAAGAUUAGAGGUUGAGGCUGGUGACCUAGCGCUUGAGCAAUUACAAGGGGGUGGUGGACAAAUGCUGUUGGCUGUCUGUUUGGGAUCCAUUGAGGGGUACCAAUUCCGUUUAGCGGUGUACCCACCAAUGGCUACUUACUGUGACUGUUCUCCGAUCAACAACCUAGCAAUCGGUCGUCAUCCAUUUUCCGUAGGCAAAUAUGCUGCAUGUUUCGCUCAUGCGCUGAUUGUAAUAGUUGGCAGUGUGAGCAAGUUAGUCAGUCAGCUGAGCAAGGUCCCAGUCGUGACUUUCCAUAAUCAUAAACAAUUACCCUAA